GUCGACGAGAUAAGCAGCGGCAGGCUUCGUAUAAAACAUACCCAUCUACAAUACACUCACGCACUCAGUCGCUGCUCUAAAUCCACACUAUAGAGGCAAGAAAGAGAAAAGACAGAUCAACCAGCAAAAUGACUCGAACGCGCUACACCUCUCGCCCAAUCCCCCAAAUCUCCCUGCACGACUUCUCCACGCGCAUCGACGACAUCACCGCCGAACUCAUCUCCGCCUCGGAAAACGUCGGCUUCUUCACCCUAACCAACCACGGGAUUUCCAUCGAAGAAAUCGAAUCCAUGUUCGCGCUGUCCGAACGCUUCUUCGCCCUCCCCGACGAAAUCAAAGCAACCGUCCCCUGGAACCCCAACAACGUCGGCUGGGAGAAGAACUCGCAGGUGCGGCCGUCAACCGGCGCCCCAGAUACAAAGGAGAGCUACCAGCUGCAGUUUGGCGAGAAUAUGGAGCAGGUCUGGUUGGACGACUGCUACAUCGAGGGGUUUCGGGAGCAGAGUUUGGGGUUUAUGCACAAAGUGCAGCGGGUCUCGGAGAUGCUGAUGCGCUGCUUUGCGCGUGGGUUAGGCUUCGCCGACGAGUUCUUCGUCGAGUGUCAUGAUGUCUCCAGGGCCAAUGCGCAGACCACCAUGCGACUCCUCCACUACUUCGCCCUCCCCCCACCGCAGGAAUCCGACGGAAAAACGUACCAUCGCGCGGGGGCGCACGCAGACUGGGACUUUCUCACCCUCCUCUUCCAGCGCUCUGGACAGAGCGGGCUGGAAAUCUGUCCCGGCCGCGAAGUCGUGACGGAAUUCGGCAUCGGCGACGAGUGGACGAAGGUCGAACCGCGGACUGGAGAAAUCGUCUGUAAUAUCGGCGACUUGCUGAUGAGCUGGUCGGACGACCGUUUCAAGUCGACGUUUCAUCGUGUGAAGGCGCCCGAGGAGGAGGGGGAUUAUUUUGGGGAUCGGUAUAGCAUUGCGUUUUUCAACCAGCCGUGUAAGGAUGCACAAAUCCAGGGGCCGAUGAAGAAGUAUCCGAUGGUUACCGGGGAGGAGUUCAAUAAGAAUGCCAUGAAGAGGAAUUUUGCAGCGUUGCAGGACAAGUUGAGGGCGUUGGAGGGGAAUUGAUCUGAGGGGGUUUUUUUUUUUUUUUUCGUUUUGUUGAGCGUGUGCUUAUCAGGAUGAUGUGCGAGGGUAUUAGGGUAUCAAGGUGAAUUUUGCUGCUAUACAGAAUGAUGCAAUCAAGAAAUGUACAUCAGAAAUUACUGCGUCGGGCACCCAUCAAAGGGCGUAUUCCCAUUCCCAUUCCCAUCUCCGUUUCUGUCUCCAUUGCCAUUGCCAUUGCCAUUGGAACUCCCAUUCCCA